GUUUAAAUGUUCUUCAUCCAACAGAGACAAACUGCUGGAGGAAAAUAAUUCAUCUGACAGCAAAGAUGCAGUGGAGUCUGAUUCUGCUCUUCCUGAUGGCUCAGUGUUGCUUCAUGGACUGUCAGCUCUAUCAGUUUCACUACAUUAAUGAGAAUAAGACCUGGACUGAAGCUCAGCAGUACUGCAGAGAGAAACACACUGACCUGGUCACAGUGACUAACAUGAAGGACAUGAAGAGACUCAUCAACAUCUCAGCUGGAGAAAUGAAGGAAGCUUGGAUUGGUCUGUAUGAUCAAACACAUGGUAACAGAACAUGGUACUGGUCUCUGCCUGGAGUGGAGUUCAAUGAAAGUGAAUCAAACUGGUACCCAGGAGAACCGACUGAUAGAAAGAAGUCCUGGCAGGAAGCUCAGAGUUACUGCAGAGAGAAACACACAGACCUGAUCAGUGGAACGAAGCAGCUACAGGAUGAAGAAGUGAAGAAUCUGAAGAUCACUGCAUACUUUGGCUUGUUCAGAGACACCUGGAGGUGGUCAGAUGGAAGCAACUCAUCCUUCAGACACUGGAAUAAUGAGCUUAGCAAUGUAAAAUACAACAGUGGUCAAUGUGCCAUGACUGUGUUUGAUGAUGAAACCAGAUGGAAGAAUGAGAACUGUGAUGAAAGAAAACCCUUCAUUUGUUAUGAUGACAACAUAAUCCUGAUUAAAGAAAAUAAAACAUGGGAGGAUGCUUUAUCCUACUGCAGACAUCACUACCAUGACCUGGUCACCAUCACCAACCUGGAUAAGCUGAGGCUAAUCGAGGAAAAAGCCAAGAAGGCAUCAACACUUUUUAUCUGGAUGGGUCUCCGCUACAACCGCUUGACGGACAUGUGGUUCUGGAUCUGUAAGGAGAUGAUCAGCUAUAAGAGCCGGACCUCAGAAGGACAGAUGAAUGACUGUGGCAUGUCUGGAGCCAUGGAGGCGAAAGGACAACACAGGUGGUUCCAGAGAAAUGAUACAGAGGAGCUGAAUUUCAUCUGUUUUAAAAAUGGUACCUGGUGAUUUGCCUGUAUUUAUAUAGAGCUUUAUCUAGUCCAGAGGACUCCAAAGCACUUUACUCUUCAUUCAGUCAUUGACCCAUUAACACACUGAUUAUGGUAAGCUGCACAAAGAUGCAUGACACAUGUAGAAACUUAAG